AUAGUCGGUCACAAGACAAUAGGCCAGUGUUCUCUGCGCAUGCCCGUGGCAGCUAUAUAAGCAGGUGACUUGAGAGAGCAAUCAGUUCUGUACGUGGACAGCACCUGCAUCCUGUCAGCCCAACAUUUCAUAUACGGCAUUCGUGGAUACAGAACUUGUAUUGAGACCUUAUUGGACGUUACCACGGCUUCUGAAGGACCUACCUCUGGAACAAUCGUUUGUGCAUCAGAGAGUUCACGUGUUCCUUUCACCGUUGACAUUCUGACAUAUUUCUCCAAUAUGGACGUCCGUCUGAAGUGAUAGAAGAUCUGUGACUGAUUGACCGAUAGGUCUCCGUUAUUUCAGCUGUAUAUUCUGUUUCUGUCCAUUUCGCUCUUAAAAGCUCUGUGACUGUGUGGCUGUUGGUCUUCCGCUAUCUCAGCUGUAUUUCUGUGUGUAUUUCCUGCCCUAUCUGUCCUCUUCGUCAUAAUACCCAAGCAUGUCAUCUGCUGCCAUGGUUGCUGUCUCUCUCAUAAUGACCACGUUGACAUUGUCUGUGUUACCACCCCUCUGUGACGCUCAUGGGCGGCUGAUGGACCCGCCAGCCCGGAACAGCAUGUGGCGUCUCGGCUUCAACAACCCCGUCAACUACAACGACAACGAACUCUACUGCGGCGGCAGAAUGGUCCAAUGGCUCCGAAACAGCGGCAAGUGCGGAGUUUGUGGCGACGCCUACCACGGCAAGAACGACCACGAAGCCGGCGGUAAAUACGCCAACGGCAUCAUCACCCGCAGCUUCCACGAGGGGGACACCAUCCCCGUGACCGUGCACCUCACUGCCAACCACUUGGGCUGGUUCGAGUUCAGGAUCUGUCCCGUCAACGACCCCAAGAAGAGAGUGACACAGAAAUGUCUGGACAAGCAUCAACUGAAGCGGCCGGACGGGAAGGGGAUGAAGUACUUCGUCCCCAAGGGGAAAUACAACGCCUUCUUCAACUACACAGUCCAGCUACCCCCGGGGCUCACGUGCAAGCAGUGCGUCAUCCAGUGGAAGUACAGGACAGGCAAUACGUGGGACAAGGAUGACAAGUCUGGCCUGUUCUGCCUCGGAUGUGGUCCUCAGGAAGAGUUCUACAACUGUGCUGACAUUGAGAUUCUCCCUAAAGGAAAGAAAUCCAAGUGGACGAAGGAACAGAACAUGAAGCCAUCCACCACCCAGGCGCCCGAAGAAAAGAAAAUCAAGAUCAAUGUUCAAGUGGAAUCCAAACACGACAUGGACAAGAAAAACCUUAUCAACAAAAUCGCCCACAAGACGGCUGAGGCAGCCACGGCGAAGAAACCCGCAGUCAAGAAGCAGAGCAACUCCAUAGCAACCAACCCCACCAGCCGACGGAAGAUGAAGCCAAAACACCCCCAGGAUGUGAAGUACAACUGGAGGGCAUCCACGCCUUGGCUGAUGCAGCGAAGGAACAUGGCGGGCAGGCGGAGGCUGGGGAUGAGGAGGAAGCAGCUGUCCCAGAAGAUGAAGAGUCACAACAACCUCAGCAAGGGAAGACAGCAACAGCCUCAUCCACCCAAGGUUGAAAAUGAACCAAAUGUUAAACAGGCCAAAGCUAAGCCAACAACCAAGACUGUUGAGGUUAAGCAUCCAGUGUCCAGAAAGCCUGUCAGACAGACUGCCCCUGCCACACCUAAAACCACACCCCCUCGACCCAAGUCAACACCUAAGCCUAAACCUAAAACUCAGCCCCGCAGAACUGUCACCCAGGCACCAAGGGCGAAGGUCCUUAGGGGACCGUCAAAAUCAUGGCUUAUCAGUUCCAAUAAGCGCCAACAAAGUCCAUUCAGAAAACCAACACGGCCAGUCAAGCAGACAAUUCGACCAAUCAAACACACAAUACGACCAGUCAAACAGACACCAAAACCAAUCAGACAGACACCUAGACCUGUCAAACAAACGGUCAGACCAUUAGUAAAGCAAACAGUUUUGGAAAUCCCAAGAUCCCCUGUGCAGAAUGGACGAUUAAUUCCGAAGGGUGUAACUUCAACAAAGAUGACCACACACAACUGCGUGACUGAGAAACCACAAACUAAAGCAGUGAAGAAGACGAUGAGGACACCACCACCUCGCCAGGACGAUACACAACCUGUCCACAACAACCCUCGUCAGUCUGACAAACAGGAGUACAGCCAGCGUAGCAGCAACUUGGGCCACCAGCGAGUCAUCUCCUUCCAACCUGUGCCUCAGCAGCCUUUGGUCAACCACAGACAGACACUGCCCAGUCAUCAAUCCCAGGGCGCCUAUGGCAACAACCAGAUGUCUACCAUGUGGUGGAACCAGUAUCAGAGACCCGUCAACUACUUCUGGGACCGUCCCGCCGUCACUCCGCUUCUGAAGUGCCGUGCCACUAUCACGCUAGGUGGUGGGAUGGACGAGUGGUGCACCGCUAACUGUAACGCCAACUUCUGCCCCGGGGGAAUGUGCAUGUGCCAGCCGGACGAGCCCUCGUACCCUGCCUUCUCCAUGUUCCCAGGCCAGACACAAUCCUGGACCAACACGUACAGACCACGACUCAAUGAAUACACCCAGGCACGGGCAUCGCAGAGUCUGAGUCCCUUCGCACCAAGACAGCAGACAGUUCCACACUCCAUCCGUACCCAGUCACAGCCUCAGCAGCACAGCCAGCAACACAGCCAGCAACACAGCCAACAACACAGCCAACAACGUACCCAACAACACAGCCAACAACACAGCCAACAACGUACCCAACAACACAGCCAACAACACAACCAACAACACAGCCAACAACGUACCCAACAACGUCCUCAACAACGUCCUCAACAACGUACUCGCCAGCAGCUUCACAGACAGCAACCUCGACGACAGCCACAAAUGCGAAGCCAGUCUCCCAAACAGCCCUCAAGAUCCAUCUUCUCCCCUCCCCGCGAGCGGACGCCCUCCCACUCCACGCCUUCGCGCCCCUCCCAGAACGUGUGGGCCCAGAAGGGCAAGUACUUCUGCAGGGCCACAGGCAGGUAUGCUGGACUCAAGCGCUUUGACGACUGGUGCAGUACGAACUGCAUGAAUGUGAUAUGUCCUCUCCUUAUAUGCGAGUGCAACUCAUUAUAGUGCACGUUGGUCAUUGACACGAAAGACAAUACAAUGAGACGUCACACUUGUAACUCUAUAGACAUUAUAGACAAUACAAGGCGGGUGUCACAAUUGUCUCCUGUACGUUUAGUGCUCGUCAGUCCUUGAAGAACUGCAUGUUAUAGACACGACAAGGAGGGUGUCGAACUUGUCGUUUGUACUUCUAGUGGUCGUCAGUCCUUGAAGAACUGCAUGUUAUAGACAAUACAAGGCGGGUGUCACAAUUGUCUCCUGUACAUUUAGUGGUCGUCAGUUCUUGAAGAACUGCAUGUUAUAGACAACACAAGGAGGGUGUCACACUUGUCGUUUGUACUUGUAGUGGUCGCCAGUCCUUGAAGAACUGCAUGUUAUAGACAACACAAGGAGGGUGUCACACGUGUCUUUAUACUCUGCAUCCACGAACACUGGCCUCUAAGACGUCAGUGAAUGCAGCAUUGCUCAGUGACCUUGAUCUGCUUGAAGCAUCUGGAUGAGGAAGUUCUGUGUGACAAUAACCGUGAUAUGAUGAGUGGUGGGUGUAUCUCCACUGACAGUGUGGGAACUGGUGUAUGGGACUCUAUGAGACAUACACAAGAUGCAGUGAAAGGACCUAGUGAUAUAGAUACAGACGAACACUGUUUUGGUGACACUUCUGCCUUCGACGCUAGAACCAUCUAGCCACGGCAGUGAUGUAUCUAGCCAUGGUAGUGACGUAUCGAGCCAAUGUAGUGGCAUGUGGCCAGCAGACCAAUGGCGUCACAGCUCAUGUAUGCUUCUCGCACACUAACCAGUAUUGAUUGUGUGAGUGAGUGAGUGAGGGAUAUUUCAGACGAUUUGCUUACAUGAGCAAAGAUGCAGAUAGUCUUCAUUUAAGUGGUUCGCUAUUCGGGUAAACUGUUGGAUGGGGAGGGUCUGAUUGAAGUGAGACAAUCCAUCAAGUGGCGUUGCAUGUAAGAUGGCAAACUGUUGUUUGAUGUGGAUCUUUAAAGAACGCCCUUUAAGUUGAUCAUUCAAAGGAGACAGUCCAUCAAGUGACGUGAGCAUGUAAGAUGGCAAACUUUUGCUUGAUGUGGAUCCUGAAUGGCCUGCUCUUUGACUUGUGUAUUUAAGGGAGAUAACCCAUCAAAUGAGCAUGUAUGAUGGUAUACGUGUAUUUUUUAUAUGUGGCUUACACUCUGUAUAUAUGUAAUUAGACUGGUAGUGAAGGGGUUCUUUUUUAUAUAAAAAUAAACAUCUAUU